AUGACGAGGUCUAGGUCUAAGCAUUUGUUUGACAUUGAUCCUGAGAUAGAUAGGACAUAUCAUAGACUCCAGAGAGGUCAAAGUAGUGUGCAUCAUAGUAGUAGUGAUAGGAGUCAUAGUAGAGAGCAUUGUAGACUUGAUCUGAGCAAUGAUUCUUAUUUUAGUGAUUCUGAAUUUGGUACUUCUAUUUCUGAUACAUUGUCCACUCAUUCUGAUACCAUGGCACAUAAUAAUCACGAGAGAACACUUAAGGAGUUAGCUGCACCUGAUGUUACCUACCAACCAUUAGGCAUUCAAUAUCUUGAUAUAGAUGUUCCUUUUGAGCUUAAGUCUGGACUAAUCCACCUUUUGCCUAAGUUUAAUGGUAGUGCAGGUGAAGAUCCUCACAAACACCUUAAGGAGUUUCAUAUAGUGUGCUCGACCAUGAGGCCGCAGGGAGUUCCUGAAGAUCAUAUCAAGCUGAAGGCUUUUCCUUUCUCACUGGAUGGAGCAGCCAAGGAUUGGUUGUAUUACUUGCAGCCAGGGUCUGUCACAUGCUGGAUAGACAUGAAGAGGAUGUUUUUGCAGAAGUUCUUUCCUGCAUCCAGAGCUGCAACUAUAAGAACGGAGAUAAGUGGCAUCAGACAGAUCUCCCAAGAGAGUUUGUAUGAGUACUGGGAGAGGUUCAAGAAGUUGUGUGCCACCUGUCCACACCAUCAGAUUAGUGACCAAUUACUCAUUCAAUACAUUUAUGAAGGCCUUGCUCCAAUGGAGAGGAGUAUGCUUGAUGCAGCCAGUGGUGGAGCCUUGAUGGAUAAGACACCUAGUUCAGCAAGGGCUUUGAUUGAUAACAUGGUAGAGAACUCUCAACAAUUUAGCAUAAGAGCCAUGACACCUAUGAGAGAGGUUCACAAUGUCCAUCAAACCAACCAUAUGCCAGCAGAGAAUAGACUUGAGAGCAGAAUAAAAGAGCUUACCACAUUUGUGAGGCAGCUAGCUGUUGCCCAACAAGUUGCACCACAAAGGCCGAGAGAUUGUCAAAUAUGUUCUUCCAUUGAGCAUGCUUCAGAUUGUUGUCCUUUGCUUCAAGAGGGAAAUCAACAAGCCUCUGUCCAAGGAGUUUUUAGCGGAAGACAAGAUCAAUAUAGAGCUUCCAACUUCCAGCAACAACAAAUGAGGCAGCAGCACCCCUACAGGUUUCAGUAUCAAUCUCAUAACCCUGCAUUUAAUGAUCAUCCUAACAUGAGAUAUGGUGCUUCUGAACAGCAACAGGGCACUGGACAAGCAAGUGGAGCUUAUAGACCACCUCCUAUGAGACAACAACAACAAAAUUUUGAACCUUCAUUGGAGGACCUGGUGAAGCAAAUGGCAAAGAACAACCUGCAGUUCCAGCAAAAUGUGAAUGCUUCCAUUCAAGACUUGCAGACUCAGAUUGGUCAACUAGCUACCACUGUAAAUCAGUUUAAGUCCCAAGGUUCUGGAUAA